AUGGCGAUCUCGAACGCUGGUCUCCUCGUGCUCCUCGUGGCCGCAGCUACUGUCCUUCACGCCUCGGGACAGACAGAGCCGUUUCUCGUCACCAAGGCCCGUCAGACCCGCGCCGCCGCCAUCAAUGCCACCGCCGAUUCCCAGAAAGCCGACGCGCUCGCUGCGCAGCGCGCCGAGGAGCUCCUCGCGGCGAACAAAACCCUCGCCGACGCGACGGCGACGUACAACGACGCGUUACCACUCGUGAAUCGCCUCAAGACCAUCCUCGCGACGAAACUCACGGCGAAGAACCAAACCGCUGCAGCGAUCCCCGAAAUUCAGGAUAAGCUCGACGCUGCGUCGGCGAUUUUGGAAAAAACCAAAGCAUCAGGCACGAGCCUCGCGGACCUGAAAGCAGCCGUUGACGACGCGAAGAAACGCGUCGAGAUGACGGCCCAGCAAGUUGACGGCCAGAAGGAAGAACUCUACGACGCGCAGUCGACCGCCUUGCAGGCAGCUAAGGAUGCUGCUAACUCUAGUCUGUCGGGCACGGAUGCUGCGGCUGCUCAAACCGCGGCGAACGACGCGAAUGCGGCGCUGGCGCUUGCGCAGCAGAUUCUGGAUGACAUGAUCUCACAGGCGAAUCGCGCAGAGCAGCUGGUGGCGAAGCGUCAGAAUGCACUGGACAACCCCGACUCGGCGAAUGCCGUGGUUGCGGCUCAGCAAUCAGCGGUUGACGACGCGCAGGCAGCGCUGGAUGCGGCGGUGAAGGCGGACACGGCGGUGGCGGCGGCGGUGAUUAAGGCGACGAACGACGUGAGCGACGCGAACUCGUCGAUUCCGAUCAAAUCCGCGGCGGUGUCGAAUGCAAAGAUCGCGCAGAGCAAGGCUGUUACACUGAAGGCGAGCGCAGAUAGCGCUGCUGCGACGAUGAAGUCCAAGAUGACCACCGCUGUGUCUGCUGCUCAGUCUGCUGAGGCUGCUGCGAAGACUGCUGGUUACACGUGGAAUUGCUCAGGGAGGGAAUUGGCAGACAGUUCUGCUUGA